AGACAUCAUCGCAUCGGAUCCGGUUCCAUCUCCUCUCCUCGACCAAAGCUCCGUUCAAACUCCACAGCUGGAACGCAAUCUCAAGUGCUUUCGUACGACCGCAACAAUUUUUGCCUCUUAUUACUCAAUUUAUUGACAAAGUCACUAUCAGACGAUACUACAUACAGCAACAAUGAAAUUUCAGUCCGCUGUAUGCCUACUAUUGGCGCUUCCAGCCUCCAAUGCGUUCGUUACGCGAACCUCCUCAGGUGGGUUUUGUUGGUCAAUGCGCUGCAGUUCACGUGUGCUGGUUGUGGUGGACGAGCUGAAGCGAAGAGCAGCCGGGAUUCAACCCGGAGCAAUGCAACGUGCGACAGAGGCGAAAGCUAUUCCGGGAGAUUACCUAUUGGUGUGCGAUGCAUGCGAUGGAAUUCAAUUUCCGCAUGGAAGGGAGGGGGGGUUUAUUAUCUGAGAGAUGCGAAACAUGUUGGACGACACCGUUGUCAUUGAAAACCUUCGAAAGCAAGGGAGCGGAUGUGUAGCCGUUUCUCAAUGAUAUACGAGACUUAGCUAUUGAAAGUGAAUGAUGUCCUUACCAGUGUUUCCUUUCGUCUUUGUUUUGUUGUAUUUGAUGCACACUAUGGUCUUUUGACACUCAGUCCCAACUGUCUCCUCGUCCACAUCCCUUAAUGCCGAACGAAGGGUUGUUGUCACCGGCAUGGGAAUUGUAUCGUGUCUGGGAAACACGUUAGAGGAUGUCAAAAAGAGUCUCUACGACGCCGAACCGGGGAUCUCGUUCCAAGAAGAAUUUGCCGAACUCAAUAUCAAAUCGAACGUAGCCGGUGUUCCCGAUCUUACCGAGAAAGACUUCAAGGAACUCAUCCCCAAGACCGCCCUCCGAUUCAUGGGACAAAACGGAAAAUACGCCUACGUUUCCCUCGACCGAGCGAUCCAAGACGCCGGCCUCAAACCCGAGGACUACGAGGAAAACCCCCGUGUCGCCGCCAUUAUCGGACAGGGAGGUACCUCCAUUCCCGACAUCGUCGAGACCUGCGACGCCGUCAAGGGCCAGGUCAAGCGAUGGAAGAACAAGGUCGGACCCUUCCGGGUCACCCGUUCCAUGGGAUCGACCUGCUCGGCCGUUCUGGCGACCAGCUUCAAGGUCCAGGGACCCAGUUUCUCCAUCAGUAGUGCCUGCAGUACCGGGGCCCACUGCAUCGGAACGGGAAUGGAACAAAUCAAGCUCAACAAGGCCGAUGUAGCCUUCUGCGGAGCCGGUGAGUCGAAAAGGGCCUUUGUUGGUGUGCGUUGCGUUGCGUUGGACUGCACUGGACUGCAUUCUAUUUUCCGACCACGGGUUUUUCUAACUCUUGUUCUUCCUGCCGUUUUGCACAACAUUUCUUUCCUGCUGCCGUGUGUGUUGGCAACAACCCCUUGCCGCUGGUGUUUUCGUUUCGUUUCGUUUCGUUUCGUUUGGUCCGCAGGAGAGAACGUCAACUGGCAAUUCACGAGUAUGUUCGACUGCAUGGGAGCCCUGUCGACGUCCUACAACGAGGACCCAAAGACGGCCUCCCGUGCCUUUGACAAGACCCGCGACGGCUUUGUCAUCGCCGGGGGCGGCGGCAUGGUCGUCCUCGAGGAGCUCGAGCACGCCAAGGCCCGCGGCGCCAAGAUCUACGCCGAGCUCGUCGGGUACGCGGCCAACUCGGACGGCUACGACAUGGUGGCCCCCUCCGGGGUCGGCGGGGAGCGGUGCAUGCAGCUGGCCCUCGACGACGCGGCGCGAAACGGGGCGGGCGACAAGCCCGUGGACUACAUCAACACGCACGGGACCUCCACCCCGGUCGGGGACGUGGCCGAGCUGGGCGCCAUCAAGCGGUUGUUCGACACGAAGGACUACCAGCCCAACGUGGGAUCGACAAAGUCCCUCAGCGGCCACUCCCUGGGUGCCGCCGGCGUCCAGGAGGCCAUCUACUCGUUGCUGAUGAUGGACAACGACUUUAUGGCCGAGUCCGCCAACAUCAACGAGCUGGUCGACGAGGCGGAGGGAAUGAGCAUCCUGACGGAACGAAAAGACGGACCCUUCGAGCGAGCCAUGUCCAACAGCUUUGGAUUCGGUGGAACGAACUGCGCCCUCGUCUUUGACAAGUACCACGAGUAGGCCAACGAAGGACCCUCCGAGGCCCUUUUGGGGAUGCAGCGCGGUCGUGCCUGCGCACGGCGUGCACCGCAUCACCGAGUGAACCCUUUGGGUACGCUCGUGCGGAUCCGUUUCUGCAGCCAACCAACCAACCAUGGAUUGGGGAAGACCGACAAAGCGUCGCCAAUCCAUCCAACACCGAACAACUAUACGUUUCCAAUAGAAUAAUAUUGAAAUAAUCCAACGCUACCAUA